AUGUCCACUCUGGGAGAACGGAAGUUCUCCCAAAAACCCAUGGGACUAGAGGCUUGCAACCUGCCCGUGGGUUUUAAAUUUCAUGCAAAAAACAGUAAUAGAAAAGAGUCUCCUGACUCCGGUAGAAAGCCUGGUACGGUAGCGCCAGGUAGGACGGGGUUGCAGGAGUCAUGUAGGCUACCGAAACGGAAAAGGACUAGGAUGACGAUCUGUACUUAUAACGCACGCACGCUUGCAUCGGAAGCGGCCAUCGAAGAUCUGAUGGUGCAAGCCAAGAAGAUCAAGUACGACGUCAUCGGACUGACCGAGACGAGACGACGUCACUCUCUCAACGCUGUAUUUGAAACUGGAGAAGAACUGUUCUUAGGAACAUGCGACAGUAGAGGUGUUGGUGGAGUUGGCGUCCUCGUCAACACGAGUAUGGCACAGAACAUCGACUCUUUCGAACAACUCACGACCCGAAUCGGACGUCUGCGGAUGAGAAGAUGUGGUCCCACACCGGCUUUGACUAUCUUCGUCGCUUACGCUCCAACAUCAAGCUACGAAGAAGAAGAAGUCGAAGCUUUCUAUAUGGACCUGGAGAAGUUCUACCGAGAAGAUCAUGCCUUUUACAAGGUCAUAAUUGGCGACUUCAACGCCAAAGUUGGCCCAAGAAGAACGCCGGAGGAACUUCACAUCGGGACCCACGGCCUACAAUGGAAUGACCAGGGGGAGAGGCUUUCCGAGUUCAUCAUGACGACUAAGACCAUCCAUGGGAACUCGCAAUUCCAGAAGCCCUCCUCUCUACGCUGGACGUGGGAGUCACCCGGUGGAGGGUACCGUAAUGAGAUAGACCACAUCAUCGUCAAUAAAAGGUUCUGCCUGACGGAUGUCGCUGUUGUACCAAAGUUCUAUACGGGAUCGGACCAUCGCCUCCUCCGAGGAAGAUUUUCUUUCACGCGGAGAGCAGAGAAAGCCGCCAAGUUCAGCAAGAGAAAUCCCAGAACUACCAUCAACUGGGAUCUCUUCGCUACGUUAGCCGGCUUUUGGGAAGAUUCCGCAAUGGACAACAUCGACGAGGAAUACGACCGGCUUGUCAAACACCUUCAUGACUGCGCGAAGAAGGCUGAGAGUAUUAAAACAACCAAGAGACGCCUGUCUCUUGAAACUCUUGAGCUGAUACGCCAGCGUGGAGCAGCACGAGCCGCAGGGAACCAAGAGCUUACGUCCGAGCUCGCAAGGCUUUGCAGAGAGGCGGGAAAAAGCAUCCGCUAUGCCCGCCGAGACUUCGCCAGUCGCAAGACAAGGAUGACAGCUCUCCGGAACCCGAAGGGAACAACCAUUGCAUCGAGAAGGGGAAUGGAGAAAAUCAUCUACGACUUCUACUCUGAUCUCUUCGACAGCCGUGCCCACUUGCCUCCUCACCAUCUGAGGGAAGAUGGACAUGUCAUUCCAGCGGUUCUCCCGUCCGAAAUACGACAUGCUAUCAUGUCGGUGAGAAAUCGUACAGCAGCCGGUCCCGACAGAAUAAAACCAGAACACCUGAAGAACCUUCCGCCAGUACUCAUCAACACCCUGGCGAGGAUCUUCACACGUUACCUGUCGGAAUGCAAGGUCCCUAAACAGUGGAAGACCAGCAAGACCGUGUUGCUGUAUAAAAAGGGAGAUCCACAUGACAUCGGCAACUAUCGCCCAAUCUGCUUACUGUCCGUCAUCUACAAGCUCUUCACAAGAGUGAUCCUUAAUAGGAUUGAAAAGGUCUUGGAUGAAGGACAACCAUGCGAGCAAGCAGGGUUUCGAAAAGGAUUCAGCACGAUCGACCAUAUUCACACUGUUUCGAGACUCAUCGAGGUAUCACGAGAGUACAAGAUGCCGCUCUGUCUCACUUUCAUCGACUUGAAGAAGGCCUUUGACUCAGUUGAGACGGAAGCGGUCGUGGAAGCCUUGGACAACCAAGGCGUUCCCACUCAGUACAUAAAGGUGCUUCGAGAGUUGUACAGUAACUUCACGACCGGAAUCUCGCCAUUCUACAAGAAUAUCAUCAUUGACGUGAAGAGGGGGGUUCGACAGGGUGAUACAAUCUCACCCAAAAUAUUCACAGCCACCCUCGAGAACGCAAUGCGAAAGUUGGAAUGGGACGACAUGGGAGUGAAGAUCGAUGGUCGGCAGCUACACCAUUUGCGCUUUGCUGAUGACAUCGUACUGAUAACACCUAGCAUCAGCCAAGCGGAACGAAUGCUGACCGAAUUCGCCGAAACAUGUGGAUGCAUCGGUCUUGAGCUGAAUCUUCAAAAGACGAUGUUCAUGCGGAACGGAUGGAUCUCGGAUGCCCCAUUCACGCUCAACGGAACGAACAUAUCCGAAUGCACCAGCUACGUCUAUCUGGGUCGGGAAUUGAACAUGAUGAACGACCUGGCCCCCGAGCUGGGCAGGAGGAGAAGAGCGGCUUGGGGAGCGUACAAGAGCAUCGAGGACGUAGUGAAGAAGACCAAGAACACCCGGCUCCGUGCUCACCUCUUCAACACCACCGUACUUCCUGCUUUGACCUAUGCCUCAGAAACCUGGGCACUUCGCAAGCAGGAAGAAAACGCGGUGAGCGUCAUUGAACGCGCAAUUGAGAGAGUGAUGCUAGGAGUAUCCCGUUUCAAGCAAGUGAGAGACGGGAUUCGAAGUUCUCUCCUACGUCAGCGAUCGAAGAUCAGAGACGCCGCCGCGUUUGCCAAGGAAAGUAAAAUAAGGUGGGCCGGACACGUGAUGCGCUUUAACGACAACCGUUGGACCAGAGCCGUGAGCGACUGGAUUCCCCGCGAUAUUAAGCGCAAUACAGGAAGACCGCCGACCCGAUGGUCAGAUUUCUUCACGAAGUCCUUCAAAGAAAAUUACGAUGCUCUUCGUGUCCCACGCGAAAGGAGGAACCACUGGGCUACUCUGGCACGCGACCGGGACAAAUGGAAGAAUUACUGGCGCCCGCUCGACCGGUUCGAAGACCAACGGGAGUCAAGGUGA